AUGAAAUUCUCUUCCGCUUUGGUUCUAUCUGCUGUUGCCGCUACUGCUCUUGCUGAGAGUAUCACCACCACCAUCACUGCCACCAAGAACGGUCAUGUCUACACUAAGACUGUCACCCAAGAUGCUACUUUUGUUUGGGGUGGUGAAGACUCUUACGCCAGCAGCACUUCUGCCGCUGAAUCUUCUGCCGCCGAAACUUCUGCCGCCGAAACCUCUGCUGCCGCUACCACUUCUGCUGCCGCUACCACUUCUGCUGCUGAGACUUCUUCUGCUGCUGAGACUUCUUCUGCUGAUGAAGGUUCUGGUUCUAGUAUCACUACCACUAUCACUGCCACCAAGAACGGUCACGUCUACACUAAGACUGUCACCCAAGAUGCUACUUUUGUCUGGACUGGUGAAGGCAGCAGCAACACCUGGUCUCCAAGUAGUACUUCUACCAGCUCAGAAGCUGCUACCUCUUCUGCUUCAACCACUGCAACCACCACUGCUGAAACUUCUUCCUCUGCUACAUCCUCUAGCACCGCUGAAUUAUCUAGUUACACCGGUGCUGCUGAUGCCAUCACCGCUGGUACUGGUUUGAUGGGUGCUGCCCUUGCUGCCGUCAUGUUAUUGUAA